GGCCGUUCCGCUCGCCGCCAUUUUGCGCAGCGGGCUCGGAGGAGCAGCAGCCGCGGCCGGCGCCCUCGCCUCCCACCACCACCAUGUCGCGGGAUCGGUUCCGUAGUCGUGGCGGCGGCGGAGGCGGCUUCCACCGGCGCGGCGGCGGCGGUGGCCGCGGCGGCCCAAACCACGAUUUCCGCUCUCCGCCGCCCGGCAUGGGCAUGGGCCAGAACCGCGGCCCGAUGGGGGGCGGCCCGCAGGGCCCGGGCGGACCGCCGGGCGGAGGCCCGAAGCCCGAGCCGCCGAAACCACCCGCGUCGACUUCUGCUCCGCCUUCUUCGUCCUCUUCACCCGCCGCCACCACGGCGGGCCCUGCCGGCAGCCAGGCCGGCCCUGGGGCGCCUCAGGCAUCGGCGCUGCCCGCGGGGCAGCCGCCGCAGCAGCAGACCCCGGUUUCGGCGCCCUCCUCCACUCCCUCCGGCCCGGGGGGGCAGCCGCAGCCCAAGCCGAGCCCCAGCCCCACCCCGGCCGGCGGCCCUAAGAAAGGACAAGGACAGUCGCCCGGCGGCGGGCCCAAGGGACCGGGCGGCCCCCAGCAGGGGCCCGGCGGGCCGCACAAGGGCGGGCCGGGCCAUCGCGGCGGGCCGGGCGGAGAGCCGCGGGGCCGCGGGCAGCAGCACCAGGGACAGCAGAGCCUCUCCUCGCAGCAAGGCCCGGGCGGCGGCGGCGAGAAGCUGUCGGACGAGGGAUUUAAAGCAAACCUCUCCCUUCUGAGGCGGCCCGGGGAGAAGACCUAUACUCAGCGUUGCCGUUUGUUUGUUGGGAAUUUGCCUGCCGAUAUAACAGACGAAGACUUUAAGAGAUUGUUCGCUAAAUAUGGGGAGCCAGGAGAGGUUUUUAUCAACAAAGGGAAAGGCUUUGGAUUCAUUAAAUUGGAAUCUAGAGCUCUUGCAGAAAUUGCGAAGGCAGAACUGGAUGAUACCCCCAUGCGGGGUCGACAGCUCCGUGUUCGGUUUGCCACACAUGCUGCUGCUCUUUCAGUGCGCAAUCUUUCACCCUAUGUGUCUAACGAGUUGCUGGAGGAAGCUUUUUCCCAGUUUGGUCCAGUGGAAAGAGCUGUUGUGAUUGUAGAUGACCGAGGUAGAUCAACAGGAAAAGGCAUUGUUGAAUUUGCAUCAAAGCCAGCUGCAAGAAAAGCAUUUGAACGGUGUACUGAGGGAGUGUUUUUGUUGACAACCACUCCUAGGCCAGUUAUUGUGGAACCGUUGGAGCAACUGGAUGAUGAAGAUGGUCUUCCAGAAAAGCUUGCUCAGAAGAAUCCCAUGUAUCAAAAGGAAAGAGAGACUCCUCCCCGUUUUGCUCAGCCUGGCAGCUUUGAGUUUGAAUAUUCCCAAAGGUGGAAAUCUUUAGAUGAAAUGGAAAAACAGCAGAGAGAGCAAGUGGCAAAAAACAUGAAAGAUGCCAAGGACAAACUUGAAAGUGAGAUGGAAGAUGCUUAUCAUGAGCAUCAGGCAAACCUCUUGCGGCAAGACCUCAUGAGGCGCCAGGAGGAGCUGCGGCGUAUGGAAGAGCUCCAUAACCAGGAAAUGCAGAAACGCAAGGAAAUUCAGCUGAGGCAGGAGGAGGAGCGUCGCAGGCGGGAAGAGGAGAUGAUGAUACGUCAGCGGGAGAUGGAAGAACAAAUGAGAAGACAGAGGGAAGAGAAUUAUAGUAGGAUGGGUUACAUGGAUCCAAGGGAGAGAGACAUGAGAAUGGGUGGUGCCACCACAAUGAACAUGGGAGAUCCUUAUGCUUCUGCAGCCCAGAAAUUCCCACCUCUUGGAGGUGGUGGCGGCAUAGGUUAUGAAGCUAAUCCAGGAGUUGGCCAAGCAGCCAUGAGUGGUUCUAUGAUGGGAAGUGACAUGCGUCCUGAACGCUUUGGGCAGGGAGGUGCGGGGCCUGUGGGUGGCCAGGGUCCUAGAGGAAUGGGGCCUGGAACACCAACAGGAUAUGGUAGAGGGAGAGAAGAAUAUGAAGGCCCAAACAAAAAGCCCCGAUUUUAGAUGUGACCUGUAGUUUCAUUCCAAUUUGUUUUUGUCUGUCUUGUUUAGACACCAACUUUUUAAUUCUUGCAUUUUAGUAAGAAAGCUACGUUUUUAUGGAUGUUAGAAACUUACUGACCUAAUAUUUGUAAGUGGUCUGUUUGGGCGAGUACAAUUUAAUUAUGUAAUGCAGUGUUUCAAAACAAAUUUAGCUGGUUUUUUGAUGUAUAACGUCCCUAACUUGAUGGCAGUGUACCUUGUGCCACUGAAUUCCCAAAGUGUACCAACUUUUUUUUACUGUGCUUCAAAUAAAUAGAAAACUAAAUGUAGUAACUCUUCUUGCCAUUCGUGGUUAAACAAAGGAGACUGACUGCCACACCUUGAAACCUAGAGGCUCAAGCAGAGGUCAAACUAGACCUGGGUGUGGAGCUGUAGUGAAGAGUGGGAUCUCCUCCCAUAAUGCCUCUAGCUAAAGAUUGGGUCAAACAGUAGCCUAACUUUGCAGUAGGUGCAGAUUUUUUGAGCGUUAAUUGUGCUGCAAUAAGGAAGCUAAUGGAAACCUUGCAAGUGCUGCAACAUACCGUAAUAAAAGCUACACUGCAGAAGUGUAGUGCAGCAUGUAAUGACCUUCCUACAGAUAAUGAAUGGGUGGUGGGAUGGUAGCAUUGACCACCUUGGCAGUUACUGCUUGGAAUCUUUUAAAGACUUUAAGCAGAAGACUAGCAAUGGUUAUUUUAAAAUAAAUACAUAGAAUGAGUUGUAUUGGCUGACUUCCUAACUAAGGGAUUGUUAAUGUGAUAUUUUUAUGCUCUUAAGCUGUCUGUGAUUACAGGAUCUGGCCUUGCUCCGUAUUGUACACUUACCUGAAAACUGCUUGGCAUCAAGUCCAGAAGUGUUACUUGAGUGAUAAGGUUAACUUGCUUAUGUCCUCAUGCUAAUUGAGUGGACUAAUUUGCAUAGUUCAGAAUACAAUAAUUUGUAUUAUGGGCACUGCAGGAACUAUUCUUAUAUCAUGUAGCUGGUGGGUGAAUCCUAAAAACCUGUAUGUAAAAUACAGAAAUUAGCUUGCUUGCAUGAUGGUUAUCGCUCUUUUAUUAUUGAUGUUUGGAGAUAAUGCAUCAAAAGUAGUAUCUGAAUCUGGAGCUUAAUAGCUAUAUUACACAGUAUAAAUAAACUCCCUUUAAGGUUCUUUUGUAGAAGAUUUGAUGAAUUCGUUAGCUUGCUGUGCAUUUUAUUAAGACCCAGAAGAAUUUUGAAGCAUUCUGGACUCAUUGAUAAGGUAGUUGCUUUGCUUAUUACUACAUUGUACCAGAUAAGCUGGGAACAUGACUUCCCAGUGUAAAAUACCUUGGUGUUAAUGCAGGAUACAUCAACCUGCUUGGCACAAAGUAGGUGAACUUAGUCUGGCUGUACCUUCACAGAUUCCCCAACCCCUGAGCAUUCUGUGAGUAGUUUAACCUUCCAAUGAUCUUACCAUUCCUUGUGCUAAGCAUUGGCUAAUUCUAAAUUCUAUGCUAAAUUUUCUCUGUGGUUAAAACUUCAGUGUCAGAUUGGCAGUAUUUUAGAGUGCAGAUUAUUAUCCCUUGUGAAGUCCUUGCUGUAAAAAAUAGCAUGUUGUGAAAUGCUGAUACCAGGUAACACUACUUGGAAUACUAAGCUCAUUAAAUAGCGACUCAGCUUGUUUGGUGAACGCUUCUUAUUUUCCCAGAAAAGUGUGGGGGUUGAUAAUAUGCUGCAACAAUGAAUUGCUAUUCAGGACAUUCCGAAUUGGCAGUUCCUAAACGGGACCAAGUAUUUGGGAGUACUUGGAUACUUAGUUUAAAAAUCAGCAGUACCGAUGCAAUUUGCUUUAUUGAAGUAGUGUUAAAUAAUGCAUAUGUUUUCUGGAGGGUGUUCAUGGGACACCCUGAAAAGGUGAAGGUGUCUGAGAUGGGGAAUUCUGAACGUAAACAUUAAAUUAAUUUUUUCAGUUUAUUUUUCAGAUUACAUGUCAUUCUUUAUUAAAGAGAUGCUGGUGCAUAUCCUAAA